AUGAGAACGCAAAGCGAAAUUAUAAAACCAUUAGUUCCCCUUCGGAGAAUACCGAAGAACAGAGGAACGGUUGUGCGAAAUGUUACCGAAAUAAAUCCGUUGUCUGAAAAAGAAAUAAAAAAUGUGGUGGAAGUAUAUUCUGAAGCUAAUAAAGCAUAUUAUAAGAAUUAUUUACAAAAAGAGCGACAAAAGAAAAAUAAAAAUAAUGGAAAGAAGAAAAAAAGUAAUUUAGCAUACACUUCGAAAAAGUCACAAAGUGAAGAAUUUGAUCCUUUGAGUCUUAAUCCAUUAGAUUUUAGAAAUAAUAAAUUUGAAGAGAACGGAUCCCUUUUACAUUUACCAGGUUCUAAUAUAAACGCAAAAUAUGUACCUCAUAAUAUAAAUUCAGAAUAUGGAAUAUGUAGUAUGUCAUAUGGAACGCUUCAUAAAUCUAAUCCUUUAUUAUGGGGCAAGGAUUAUAAAAAUCAUUAUGAAUUACCUACAAUAUGUUCAAUAGUAAAAUCAAAACAUCCUAUAUAUUCCAAGCCUAAUGUUGCUAAAAUGUUCAGUAAAUUAUCGAAUAAUAAAAAAAUGGACGAACAAGAAAACAAAAUAAAUAAUUAUAAUAAUAAUAAUAAUAAUAAUAAUAAAACGAUGAAGGAGAAAAAGAUGAAGAAGGAAAUAUUUAUUAAUAAUAAUAACAAUAAUAAUAAUAGGAAGAGUAAUAAUAAUAUUAAUUUAUCCAUGAAAGAGUGUCCUCAUAAAGAUAUUAAAAAAGUCCCAACAUUUGGUAAUUAUAAAGAAGAAAGUGAUUUUCCUGAUCUUUCAACAGAAUUAUGCAAAACAUAUAAUGACACUUAUACAAAUAGUAAUUAUGAUGAAAGCACUAUGCAAACGGAUGGGAAUUAUAAAGCACAAAAAAAUUUAGAUAAUUUUAAAGAAAGUGCAGAUGAAGGUACAUAUGAUUAUUCCGAUUUUUUUGAUGAGAAGCAAAGGGAUUGUAAAAAUGAGAAAAAGGAAGAAAUGAACAAUGUGGAAUUGAUUACAGAUUCGUAUAAAAAUAAAUUUCCGAAUUUUCAUCAAAAUGGUAAGGUAGAUGAAAAUUUUACAAAAAAUAAUAUAGACAAAAAUAUUUCUGUCGAAUAUAAUAAUAAAACAAAAUGUAUGUUUACAAAAAGAGAUAACAACAAUAAACUUGGAAAUAAAAUUUGCACUAAGAAAAAUAUAGAAAAUAAAAAAAAUGCACAAAAGGAUUAUAAACAUUGUGAUAAAGAAAUAAAGGGGAAAAUUUUUUUAAAUCAAGUUCCUCUUAUGUUAACUAGUAAAAAAAAAAUUAAUCAUAUAUAUAAUGAUUUUAAAGAAAAAAAUAACGAAAAUUAUUUAUUAAAGAAUGAGAAAUGUUCUAUUAAUAUAGAUUGCGGAGAUAUAUCAGAUAAGAAAAAAAAAAAAAAUUCCAAAAAAAAAAAGUUGAAUAAACAAAUUGAAGGAGAUAAAUAUAUUACUAAUAUAAUUGAAAAUGAGGAAUGUUGCUUAUCAAAUGAAAAUAUAAAUGAUGAUAAUAUAAGCAAAAGUAGAAAAAAGAAAAAAAAAAAAAAAGGUAUUAAGAAAAAGAUAAAAAAUAAUUCAAAUUUAAAAAUGGAUCAAUAUAAAAAUUCGUUAAAUAUUAAAUAUUUCCCUAUUAAAACAUUAAAUGAGAUAAAAAAGGAUAUUACGAAUGAUACGAAUAUAUCAAGCAUUAUAAAAAAUUAUAAUACAAAAGAGUUAAAUAAACCAACCAUAUAUGAAUAUAACAAAAUGGAUGCAAAUCAGGAUAUGGAAACAAAAAGGGAAAUAAGUAAUCCUAUAAAUGUAUGUGUACCUGAUAAUUCAUCUACGUUUUUAAAAGAUAGGCCAGAAGUCAAAAUGGUAGAAGGUAAGUGUCUACCUAAUAUGUAUAAAGACAAAUAUUCUACAAAUAUUUACAACAGGAAUAAUAUUAUCCCAAAUAAAAAUCAAAUAUAUAUAUCUAGAGGUAUUAAUAAUAGUAAUAUCUAUGAAAGUCAAAAUAUGGGAUUGAGACAAAAAGGAUAUUAUCCAUUAUUUGGUGAUAUACCUAAAUGUAAAGUACAAAUACUACCAUCCCAAAUAAGUUCAUCAGGAGUAUCAUCACCAUUUAUAAGUGCUCCAAAGCAAGCUUUAUCUUCAAUAAUACAUUCACAAUUAUCCAUUCCAGAUAUGAUUAGUGGUCAUAAUUCAAAUCAAAUAUCUUAUAUAACACCUGAUGUAAAUGUAUUAAAAGGAAAUUUAUCUAGCCAAAUUAAAAAUACAAAUUUGUAUAGCCAAAUUAAUACUGGUAUUAAUAAUGGUAUAUCACUAAUAUCUGAGCCUAUCAUAAUAGAUCAAAAUCCUAUAUCUAAUAUAAAUCUAAAUAGGAUAGAUGUACAAGAUGUUGGAGGGGUGUAUGAGAAGAAUAUGUACAGCAUGAUUCCAUGGACAAAAUCGCUGGUUGAGAACAAGAAUUAUAAUAAUGUGGAUAGUUCUUUUGGUAAUAUGGGAAAAUAUUCUAUCAGGCAUUUGGAUGUAAAUACAAGAAGUUUAUAUAGUAAUAUAAAAAAUGAUAUAUUUGGAAACCUGGUUUUCUUGGAUGGGUCUUAUAAAAACAUGACGAAUAAGAUGAAUAAUGAUGUUGUUACGGAGAAGAAUGGUUUGAUUCAAGAAGGUAAGUUGGGAGGAAUAUGUUUGGAAAAUAAUAAGAAUAAUAAUAUGAAUAAUAAUAUGAAUAAUAAUAUGAAUAAUAAUACGAAUAAUAAUAUGAAUAAUAAUAUGAAUAAUAAUAUGAAUAAUAAUAUGAAUAAUAAUAUGAAUAAUAAUAUGAAUAAUAAUAUAAGUAAUAAUAAUAAUAAUAAUAUAAGUAAUAAUAAUAAUAUUAGUAAUAAUAACAAUUCUGCUGUUGAGUACUUUAAUUUUGAAAACGGUGUUUCUGCUGUAACUAGUCCAUCAUAUAUACAUUUAGAGAGAAAUCAUAAGUUAAAAGAAAACUAUAAGGGUAAUACAUUUAAAGGGUUUAGAAGUGGCGAUAUUAAUGAUAAGGUAAAUUAUAAUAUGAAUAAUACAGCUUCGAUGCAUAGAAACCUACACAUGGAAGAAUAUGUGAUGGAUAGAAGAAAUAAAUCUGACGUGAAUGAAUUGAUUAAAAUAUCUAAUGAUAACUUAUUAAAUAUACAAAAGAAAGAAUUAUUAGAUAUUUUAAAUGAGGAGAAUAAAAAGAAGGGAGAUAUAGAUAAUAAAAAUAAUUUAGAUAUGCUAUUAAGUGAGGUAAAUAACAAAAUGUGUAAUGAUAACAAUGUUGGAAUUAAAGGUAUAUGUCGUAAUAAUAUUGAAAAAACAGAUGCCUUUGUAUCACCUAAUACGUAUGUAAAUGCGUUGAGUAUAUCUGAUGGGAAUACAAUAGGAGGUAGUAAUAAACAUAAUAAGAAGGAUCAUAUAAAUGGUAUGGAUAAAUAUAUUUAUAAUAAGACGAGUAAAAUUAAUGAUUGUAAUAAUUAUAAUAACAAUGAGAUGAUUUAUUCUCAUAUAUUUGAUGAGAAAAAUAUAAAUGAACCAUCAGAUAUGGUACCUAUGAAUAGAAAAAGGGUUGAUGAAAAAUAUUUAAACUAA